AUGAGCAGUUCGCAGAGGAGCAGCCCCAAGAAGGGCAGCUCGCCGACGCGGUCUCGUUCAGGAUCACAGUCGGGCAAGCCGAACUUCCCGCCGCCCCUCGGAUAUGACCCUGCCAAGCCCGCUGCGAAGCCUGAGCAGGACCGGGGAAACACUCGUCUAGACCUCCCCCCCGAGGCCUACAUGAGCGCCGAGCGCCUCAAGAAUCCAGGAUUUCAGCCGUUCGCCAAACGCCCUGGCUUCAACAAGACCCGCACCGCCCCGCCCCUCUCGAGAUCAACCAGUUCAAGGUUGCCUCGUGGUCCACUGAUUGUCGGAUUUACCAGUUCGACAUCAGCAUCUCGCCCAUUCCCCUCAAGCAGGGUCCUGUUUUCAAGAAGUGCUGGGCGCACCCAGACGGGCGCUUGCCCGAUCGAACGCGGCGAAGAACGUAUCACUGUCGACCUCGACAGCCACCUGCCGCCCCGUGCUGACGGGAAACCCCGCCGGGACAAUACUUUCUAUUUCAUUAUUCGACAGACAGCGCAGAUCGAUCUCUCCCAUCUGGAUGCUUAUCUCAGCGGCAAAACGGACUGGACCAACAAGGUGCUUGAAUGCAUGAACUUUCUCGAUCAUGUUGUUCGACAAUUCCCGUCAGAGCACCUCCUUCAGAUCAAGCGGAAUUUCUACGCCCGCCAGCCUUCCAAGGCCAUGGUCUUUCCAAUCAGUGAUGUUGUGGAACUCAUCAAGGGCGUUUACGCCUCGAUUCGCAUGAAUCAGAGCGGCCGCGGCAUCGGCCUCAACGUCGACGUGGCCAACACCGCCUUCUGGGUUGGGGGGCAGAACAUGGCGACGUUCAUCAAGAACUACCUCUGGUCUGUUGUGGCCCAGUUUCGCGGAAAAGACUUGAACACCUUGGCAAACGAGAUGAGACCCAUGGAGCGCCGCACCACGGACGGAAACAAAAUGUACGGCAUGUCUGAAGGGUUCAGGCACCUGCGCCGCCUGUCUAAGCUGCGCUUCCGCGUUCAGCAUCGUGGAAAAGAGCAGAACACCAUAGACUAUACCAUCAUGGCGUUCGAGUUUGCUGAGAAGUAUGGGCCUGAUGGCGCCACACCUAAGAAUGUCAAAAUCAAUGACAAGGAUGGCAAGGAAAUCUCGCUUCACGAUUACUUCGUCACCAGGUACAACUUCAGAACCCAGUACCCGAAUUGGCCAAUGGUUCUCACGGCCAAAGCGGGCUUGUUUCCCAUCGAUGCUUGCACCAUUGCACCAAUGCAGCGCUACCCAUACAAACUGCUUGGAGACGAAACUGCGAACAUGAUCAAGGGGGCUGUCACUCGCCCCGACAAGCGCAAGGCGGACAUCAUGCAGGCUAAGAACAUGUUGGGCUGGAGCAACGAUCCAUACCUUCGGCAAUUUGGCCUGAAAUUUGACGAGAACUUCACAAGGACCGAGGGGCGACUUCUGCCCAAUCCUGUCAUACAGUUUGCCAAUGGGAACAUUGACCCGAAGACCUCUGGUCGUUGGGAUCUCCGCGGCAAGAAGUUCUGGCUCCCAAACGUUAUGCCACUAGAUUCCUGGGGUUUCAUGAUCAUUGAAAACUCUUGCUCGAAGCAACAUGCGUCGGCCUUCGCUGCUACCUUCAGGCAGACAUACAUCGGGCAUGGUGGCAUCAUCAAAGGCGACCCGGUCAUUAUCGACUCCCAAGCCAGGAACCCCAACUCUGCUAACGCUGUGGACAACGGCAUUGGGGAGAUUCGUCGAAAGACUGGCAAGCCAGUCCAGAUGCUGUUCGUCAUCAUCCGCCACGCUAAUUCGGGGAACUAUGAGAGGGUCAAGAAGUCUGCCGACUGCCGCUUUGGUGUUUUGACCCAAGUUGUCCUCUCACGCCACGUUGAAAAGAAUCAAGGUCAAUAUCACUCGAACGUGGCCAUGAAGGUCAACGCCAAGCUUGGCGGCACGACCUGCCGCGUUCCUCACCCAAAUGCGAAGGCACCGAGGGGCCAACCGCCGUUCUUUUCUGAACCAACGAUGAUCAUGGGCCUGGACGUGUCUCACGCGGGUGCGGGCAUCAAUUCUCCCUCUAUGGCUGCAAUGACAAUGUCGAUGGACAAGGACGCUUGUCGUUACGCGGCCGUAUGUCAAACCAACGGCUACCGUGUCGAGAUGCUGUCACCAUCCAACACUAACGAGAUGCUCACGAAACUCGUUCGGCUGUGGAUGACAAAGCUUGGAUCUACCGAUCCCCCACGCCAUAUCUAUUUCUUCAGGGAUGGCGUCUCUGAGGGACAGUUUUCCCAGGUCAUCGACAUUGAGCUUGCAGCUAUCAAGGCCUUCUUUCGGGAGAAGUUUGGCCACAAAAUGCCCAAGUUCACUGUCAUUAUCGCUACAAAACGCCAUCACAUUCGGUUCUUCCCCGCAAGGGGCAAAGGAGACAAGAACAACAACCCCCAUCCAGGCACACUUCUGGAAAACGAGGUUUGCCAUCCUUUCCAAUGGGACUUCUACCUGUGCGCACACAGCGCUAUUCAAGGCACCGCUCGCCCUGUCCACUAUCAUGUGCUCAUUGACGAGGCCAAAGUGGAUCAUCAGAAGCUUCAGCAGAUGAUCUACCAGCACUCGUAUCAGUACGCUCGCAGCACCACCCCGGUUUCACUGCAUCCCGCUGUCUACUACGCCGACCUGGCUGCCGGCCGUGCUCGUGCUCACGAGUCGGUCGCCACGAGCGACGGUUUCCGGGCCGGACCCAAGGGCCAGGAGAUGGCUCAGGGCUUUGGUAUGCAUGAGGUCUCGAUGGGUGGACCUGAGCGCGGCGCCGAGGCGGCUCCGCUGAUCCCCAUGGGUGGAAACGAUGCGCUCGAGGUGAACCGCAACUUCAUCCGGUCCACCAUGUGGUACAUUUGA